AUGCGUGCAGCGUCUUUGCGACGACGGUCGCUUCAAGGCGAAGGCGGCGAAGAGAAUUCCUUCGAGUUCUUUCCCGACGACAGCUGGGAAGUCGUCGAUCUUCCGUCAAGCGAACCUCCUCAGCCUCCCCCGGAAGUUCCCAGCGCCGACGCGCCUGAUCCGCCCCCCGCGGACUCCGCGGAACCCCCCGUGGGCUCCCCGGACGACUCCUUCCCCUUUCCGCCGAACCCCGCGCCGUCGCCCGGCGACAGCGGCGACAGCCCGUCGCCCGCGCCCGCGUCGCUUCCCAGCCCGCCCGCGGCUCCCGCGCCGGCGGUCACGGGCGGAGUGGGCGAAGUCGCGUCCGUGUGGUGCCCGCGUUUGCUGCGACUGCCCGCCGACUUCAUCGAAAACCCUCUCGAGGAGUUUAAAGCCCUCGACGAGGGCAUGGCGAAGCUCUACGCGCGGCGUCCAGACGGGCAGUCCAUCACUAUAUGGGUAUCGGGGAAAGACUCCCCUGUGACUAUAUCGAGUAUGCCGCCCACGUCCGAGCUUCUAGGGCUUGAGACGACGAUGCCACAGAUCGAGGGGAUGGGGGAGCCAUCAAACCCACACCUGGACCCGUUUUUCACGUCCUCCCUGCCGCCCUUCCCUGUGGUUCCCUUGAACUCUGUGCCGCCAGUAGUUGCUGCGCCUCCCCCUCCCCCUCCGCACUCGUUCUCCCCGCCUCCUCCCCCUGAGACCUCCACUCCAGCUUCCGAGUUUCCCCCACCUCCCCCUCCCCCGUACGUCCUUCUCGCCUCUCCUCCGCCUAACCCUCCGCCCUUUCCCCCGCAGUCACCACCUCCCCCAGAUCCAUCCAGUCCUGGUGGGGGAAAUGUGAGUCAACCCAGCGGCCCAGGCAGCAGCUUCCCCCUGUGUAACCCGUCACCCAUCCGGUGUGUGUUCAGGUUCAUGGGGUAUGAAGACAGAGUGCCAACGCUGGACAUUACCAGUGCUUUGGCGGAGGAAGUGAUCAGUCCUGCGUUGGUGGUGCUACGUGGUAACCGGACUUGUCGUGUGGUGGCGGCAAACAGUGGCGAGGGGAGGUCGAUUUGCGUUCAUGUGCGUGACGAGGUUUACCAUGCGACAAGGAGCCAGUUUUACGCCAAUGCGGAGGUUGUGCGAUUGCGGGGUGACAUGGCAUGGCGCGGCGUGCUUGAUCGGAUCUGGAGGCGACAAGAGCCGGAAGAGGUCGACGAAAUGGCCGACGCACAAGGCGCGUUCGUCACGCGUGCAUUCGAGAAGCUUCUGCGAGAAUCCACGGGACGGAAGUUCCAGAAGCUACACCAGGCGCUUAAAGCCUAUCUAGAUCGACCAAAAGGGGAGCAUUUGGUUCUGGUCACAUCAGCAUCACGGGUUGAUCCUCGCUAUGGGCUGCCUCAGACAGACGAACCAGGAGCGGCGGAAACCGUUCCGCAGCCGCAGCAGCCGGCGCAGCUGGCGGGCACGAUUCCGCUGGAGCCCGCCGGCAGCGGGGACGGCAGCGGGCGCGCGCACCCGAACACGGCAAACGCGGCGAAUGUGACGGCGGCGGCGGCGAUGGCGGAGGCGGGGCACUCGCUGGAAGGCGUAGAGGCGGAGCUUAUCCUGUGCCCGCUGCGGCUGGCCAUUGAGAGCAAGCAGAGCCGCCUCAUGGAAACGGCGCUCGACUGCCUGCACAAACUGAUAUCGUAUGGUCACUUGGAGGGCGACUGCGGGCUGGAAGGUGGCAAGAACAACAAAGUGCACACGGAGAUCUUCCAGCUCGUCUGCUCCUGUGCCGAUAACACGGCACUCGACAGUGUGGUGCUGCAGGUAAAAAACACUCACAUCUCCUCAUCUCCCCCCUCUUCUUUUCUGAUCUUCCCUCCGCUGCUCAGUGUGGUGCUGCAGGUCAUCAAAGUCAUCCUCACUGCCAUCGCCUCCUCCACUUUCCAAGUGCAUGGGGACUGCUUGAUCCUUGCUCUGCGCACAUGCUACAACAUAGUGCUCACAAGCAAGAGCCAGGUGAACCUGUCAACAGCCAGGGGCACGCUCACUCAAAUGCUCAACAUCGUCUUCAAACGCAUGGAGGCAUCGGAACUAGCUAGUGCCCCUCAGCGUCCCCACGCCUACCCCACACCCACCAAGCCAUCCGGGGAGGGGCCUUCCGAGGACCAACCUGCCGCUGCUGUUGACGCUGCUGCUGGUGGUGAUGGUGGUGGUGCGUCUGCUGCUGCUGCUGCUGCAGUGGAGGGGAUGGAAGGGAAGGAGGGAGGCGGGGAGGGGGAGGAGGAGGGGGAGGUAGAGGGUAACGGGGAGAGGGACGAGAGAGCGGGAGUACAGGAGGAGCUAAAAGUCCUGGAAGGGCCUCAGCCCAGUAUAGAGGCGUUAGAUGCUGUCCUAAGUAAAGCACUUAGGCCGCAGGGAGGGGGCGCAGGUGGGGAUGCUGCUGCUGCUGGUGGUGGUGGUGAGGGUGGUGAAGGGGAGGGAGGUGCUGGGACAGCAGAGGGGAGUGGAGAGGAGGGAGCUGGGGCGACUCCUGCUGCGCCAAAGGGCAUCGAUCUGAGCCUACUGGCGCUGGCGCAGCGGGACGCCCUGCUGGUGUUCCGCACGCUGUGCAAGAUGGCCAUGAAGGACGGCACCGAGGACCUUGUUCUGCGCACCAAGGCACUGUCGCUGCAGUUACUACAGGGCCUGUUAGAAUCGGUCAGCCGUGAGUUCACGCUCAACUUUGCCUUCCUCGACUCCAUCAAGAUGUACCUCUGCUACGCGCUCGUGCGCGCCGCCGUGUCGCCCUCCGACCGCAUCCACGGCCUCGCCUGCUCCAUCUUCGCCACGCUCAUCCAGCGAUUCCGCGAGUCCCUUAAAGCCGAGAUCGGCCUCUUCUUCCCCCUCGUCGUCCUCCGGUCACUCGACUCCCCGGAUAUCUCUCCAACCCAGCGUCUGGGGCUUCUGAGAGUGUUAGAGCGGCUCACAGCCGAACCACAGCUGCUAGCGGAUGUCUUUGUGAACUACGACUGUGAUUUGGACGCGUCGAAUCUGUUUGAGCGUAUGGUGACGUCUCUGGAGCGGCUUGCUCAGAUGCCUGUGGUGGGGAUUGCGGGCGGAGGGGCAGGGGCGGGGGGGGCGGGUGCGGGAGGGGAGGGUGGGGCGGCGCUGGUAGCGGCGGUGAAGCUGGCGGCGUUGCAGUGCUUGGUGAAUGUGGUACAUGCUUUGGAUACGUGGUAUGGGAAGGAUAAACCUCCGGUGCCGGUGGGUGUGGUGGGUGAGGAGAAGGAGGAGGAAGGGGACGAGUGGAAGGCGGAUGGGUUGGGAGCGGUGGAGGAGGAGGAGGAGGAUGAGGAUGAGGAGGAGAGGGAGGGGCGGGUGGCGAAGUGGGCGGCGGCAGAAUCACAGGCGGAUCAGUUUGGGCGGGCCAAGGCGCAGAAGGCAGCGUUUGAGACAGCUGUGGAAAAGUUCAACAUGAAGCCAGAGAAGGGACUGGCGUUCCUGCGGACGAGAGGGCUGUUGGCUGCCGAUGCUGCUGCCACGGCUGAGUUCCUGCGCUCCACCCCUGGGCUCGAUAAGGUGAGUGGGCUGGCCUUUCUGCGGACGAGAGGGCUGCUGGCUGCCGACGCUGCUGCCACAGCUGAGUUCCUGCGCUCCACUCCUGGGCUCGAUAAGUCGACUCAAAAGUCGCCAAGCACACACAUCUGUGCUCCACCUCCCCUCCCCUCUCCAUGCGUGGCUUUCCUUCCAGACCGCCAUAGGGGACUAUCUGGUCUGGGGCAUCACGACGACCAUCAUCAGGCGGUGAUGAUGCACGCAUAUACGGCCAUAGGGGACUACCUGGGCAAUCACGACGACUACCAUCUGGAGACGGCCAUAGGCGAUUACCUGGGCCAUCACGACGACUACCACCUGGCGGUGAUGCACGCCUACGUGGACGGCAUCCCCUUCCACAGCACCUCCUUCGACCAUGCCAUCCGCCUCUUCCUCAAGGGCUUCCGCCUGCCAGGGGAGGCUCAGAAGAUCGACCGAAUCAUGGAGAAGUUUGCAGAAAACGUCCUCUCUGCUACUGCAGCCCUUCGAAACAUGAGGGCUUCCGUCUUCCCUGUGAUCAUGCUCAACAUCAGCAACCCCUCCUCUCCAUCCCCCUUCCCCAGGUACUGCAAGGACAACCCCGGGAGUAUUCAAAACAGCAGACAGCGUGUACGAGCUGGCCUAUGCAGUCAUCAUGCUCAACACAGACGCCCACAACCCCUCUAUUCCUCCCCCAUCCUCUCCACCCCCUUCCGCAGAUACUGCAAGGACAACCCGGGAGUAUUCAAGACAGCAGACAGCGCGUACGUGUUGGCCUAUGCAGUGAUCAUGCUCAACACAGACGCACACAACCCCGUGGUGACCGCCAAGAUGACCAAAGCCGACUUCGUGCGAAUCAACUCAUCCCUCGAGGGCGAGGAGAGCGCGCCUAAGGAGCUCCUAGAGGCCAUUUAUGACUCAAUAGUCUCCGAGGAGAUUAAACUAAGGGAUGAUGGCGGUCCGGGGGGUGCCGGAGGGGGUGGAGCGGGCGGGGCAGGCAGGAAGGAGAAAGGGCAGCUGGUAACCGUGCUGAAUCUGGCGUCGGGGCAUAAACGCAGCACGGUGGAUGUGCGGAAGGAGAGCGACGAUAUCAUCAAGCGAACGCAGGCGAUUGUGAGGCGAGGGCGCGUGCAGCGAGGGGUGUUUCACUCCGCUGCCCAUGCUGACCUCGCUCGGCCCAUGCUGGAGGCGGUAGGAUGGCCUCUGGUCGCCACGUUUGCUGUGACCAUGGAGGAAGGUCCGUCGGGAGAGAGUGCCGCUGCAGUGGCUGCUCUAGCGGCAGGGGGUGCAGGGGGUGGGGGGGCGAAGAGUCUGGUGGUGGUGUGCAUGGACGGGCUCCGCUGUGCGAUUCACCUGGCGUUUCUCCUGGGCAUGGAGACUCUCCGCUACGCCCUCCUGACCUCGCUCGUCCGCUUCACCUUCCUGCACGCGCCGAGGGAACUCCGGGUGAAGAACCUGGAGGCGAUCCGGACGCUGCUGGCGAUAGCAGAGCAGGAGCCUGAGGCGCUGCAGGACACGUGGAAUGCUGUGCUGGAGUGCGUGUCCAGGCUGGAGCACGUUGCCACGUCACCUGCCAUGCUGGCGGUGCUGGGCGCGCCGCCCGCGCCGGUGGCGGUGAGGGAGGCGCUGCUGGGAGGUGUGGAGGAGCUGGCAGGGAAACCGCUGGAGCAGUGCUUGCUGCUACAUCAAUCCCUCUCACCUCGCCUCUCAUCCCCUCCCUACAUCGCUCUCCCCUUUGCUUGCCAUGCCAUGGCAUGGGUGCUCCCUGUCUUCCGCCAGUGUGAGCUCUCGCCUCCCCUCAGACGCCGUGGUGGAGUUCUUUAUCGCUCUCUGCGGUGUCUCCACAGAGGAGCUCCGCCAGUCCCUGCCCCUCACCACUCAUUUACUCCCUCUCACCCCACUCCCUCUCACCCCUCACUCACUCAGGUAUUUGUGGUGAGCUCGCGCCUGCCGUCAGACGCCGUUGUCGAAUUCUUCAUCGCUCUCUGUGGUGUCUCUGCGGAGGAGCUCCGCCAGUCGCCCCCGCGGGUCUUCUCCCUACAAAAGAUUGUGGAGAUCUCCUACUACAACAUGACCCGCAUUCGCAUGGUGCGUGAGUGUGGUGUGGGUGGUAGCCCACAUGGUACACCGCCCCCGCGGGUCUUCUCGCUGCAGAAGAUCGUGGAGAUCUCCUGCUACAACAUGACUCGUAUUCGAAUGGUGCGUUUCAAGUCCAAGCACGUGCUGCUGGGUUGGGCCCACAAGGUGUGGGCGCGCAUCUGGUCAGUGCUAGCGGUGUGGGCGCGCAUCUGGUCAGUGCUGGCGGUGCAUUUCAUCACGGCCGGGCAGAACCCCGACGAGCACGUCGCCAUGUAUGCCGUCGACUCCAUCCGCCAGCUGGCGCUGAAAUAUCUGGAGCGCGCUGAGCUGGCGCGCUUCACGUUCCAGAACGACAUCCUGAAGCCGUUUGUCGUGCUCAUGCGCACGAGCCGCAGCGAGAAGACCCGAGAGCUGAUCGUCCAGUGCGUCGUGCAGCCGCAGCGACAAGACAAGAGAACUCAUCGUGCAGUGCGUUGUGCAGCGUGUUCAUGGUGCUCACUACUGCCGCCGCCUGGAGCCUUCAGCUGGUCAUCCCCUGUCCUCUGCCCAUCCCCCUCACCUCCCACUCAACCCUUCCUCUCACUCACCUCCCUCUCACACCUCUCUUUCACUUUUUGCUGGCACCAACUUCAGAUGAUAAAGGUGAAGGUGGGCGGCAUCAAGAGUGGGUGGCGCAGCGUGUUCAUGGUGCUCACUACUGCUGCCACCGACAGCCACGAACCCAUUGUGGAGAGCGCGUUUGAAACCGUGGAGCAGGGUGAGUGUGGUGUGGCUGCGGCAGUUGAAGCUGGGGAGCACUUUCAGCAGCGGUCAGGAGACUACCUCAUGCCCUCCUUCCCCUCCACAACCCGCAUUGCCUUCUCUCCUCCCCCCUCUGUCUGUCCCUUCCACCCUCCUCCCACUGCUUCAAGGACUGCGUCAACUGCCUCAUGGCCUCCUUCCCUCCAAACCCCUCAUUGUCUUGUCUUCACACCCUCUAUCUGUCUCUACUCUUCCCAACCCCCUCCCUCUGCUGCAGUGGUACUGGAACACUUCGAGCAGGUGAUAGGAGACUGCUUCAUGGACUGUGUUAACUGCCUCAUGGCCUUCGCCAACAACGUCCUCGUCCCCCGCAUCUCUCUCAAAGCCAUUGCACUCCUCCGAAUCUGCGAGGACCGUUUAGCCGAGGGCCGGGUCCCGGGAGGCGCCCUGCGCCCCGUGAAUGAAGGCGAGAAGAUGAGCGACAACGAGGUGGCGGAGUAUUACUGGUUCCCGAUGCUCGCCGGGUUGUCCGAGCUGACUUCCGACCCUCGCCCGGAGGUUCGGAGCUGCGGCGUGGAGGUGUUGUUUGAUCUGCUUCGGGAGAGGGGGCAUAAGUUUUCGACGCGGUUCUGGGAGAGUGUGUUUGAGAGGGUGCUGUUCCCCAUCUUUGACUAUGUGCGGCACGCUGGCACGGACGGGGAGAGGCCCCCCCCCACGGACCUGUGGCUGAGAGACACGUCCAUUCACUGCCUGCACCUGCUCUGCGACCUCUUCUGCGACUUCUACCAGGACGUGGCCUUCAUCCUGCCGUCCCUGCUCGGUCUCCUACUGGACUGUGCCACGCGCCCUGACCAGUCACUGGCAGCCAUAGCAGUGGGAGCACAGCUGAGGCUCAUUGACAGGGGGGCGCCGCUCUUCUCCUCCCGUGACUGGGCCGUGCUGCUCGACAGCCUCAGAGUGGCCACACUAACCACUCGUCCCACCGAGCUUCUCGCAAUCACUGAAGCAUCCCUCGCUGCCUCUGCUGCUGCCGCCGCCAACGCCGCUGCUGCUGCUGGCGACACCGCUGCUGCCACUGCCGCCACUGCCGCUGCCACCGCUGAGCUGUCAUUGGACAAUGCUGUGCUGGAAUCCGGCGCUGCUGACCUGGCGGAUCAUGCGUCAGGCUCGGCGAUCCGUACCAAGAUUCCCACUGGUGACGUGGCGACGAGCCUGAUGGGGCCGAACCUGAGUGAGAGGUUUGUGGCUGCGCCUGGAGGUGUGACUGUAGCCGAGCAAGUGACUGAAGUGGAUGUGACUGUAACGAAUGGAGGGGCGGAGGGAGAAGAGGGUUACGGGGUGGUGGAUAGGAGUGGGGCCAAUGAGGAGGCGGCGGGUGUUGGGGAGGGGAAGGGCGAGGAAGACGGGAAGGUGGAAGGGAGUGGGGAGGGGUUGGCGAACGGGGAGGGUACUGCCAUCAAGCCUUCAGCGUCAGGAGAAGGGGACAACUUUGGCAAGCGCCUGAUGGACACGCUGCUGCUGCGCAAUCUCUCCAUGGCGCUGGGAGGCGCGCCCACUCCCGCUGCUGGGGGGAGCGGCAGCAUCUGGUCGCGCGCGUCCAACGCAAGUGACGCUGCCCUGGCGUCUGCUGUGGAAUCCGAGGAGCAAGGCGAUGGGGCCAAGGAAGAAGAGGAGGAGGAAGAGGAGGAUGAGGAGGCAUCGGCCUUCCCGGUGGCAGACCCUGUGCGGGUCAAGUGCUACACGCAGCUGCUGCUGCUGGGGGCGCUGAAUCAGCUACAGGAGAAGCACUGGCAGCGGCUGCGGGCGGCGCACCGGCGGCAGCUCUUGGACUGCAUUGCCACCAGCAUUGACUUUGCCGCCCGCUUCAACUCUGACACGCACCUGCGCAUGCGCAUCCAAAUGCUGCCGCCCGAACGCCCUCCCCCAUCUCUGUUGCGCCAGGAGGUGACAGCAACACAGCUGUACCUGAUUGUUCUCCUGCGCUGCCUCAACGACCCGGCAGCAGCGCUGCUCCCACCAGCCCUCUCCUCCCAGAUGCUGCUGCAGUCAGGGGCGGCUCACGGGGACGGCGCAGGGGAGGGGGAGGAGCAUGUUCAUGGGAAGACAACCCCUGGAGCAGCAGCGACAGAAGGGGGGAGAGCAGCAGCAGGAGCAGGGGUGGGAGCAAACGGGGGAGCUGCGGCGAAGGGGGUAGCAGCAGGGGGUGGGGGAGAGGGGGAGGGGGGUGAGGAGGAGGAGGAGGAAAGGAGGCGGUUGGGAGAGGAGGCAGAGGAGCAGUUGCUGCGGGUGUGUGGGAGGGUGCUGGAGAUGUCGUCUCGCCUGCAGCCCAACACGGGGCAGGCUGUCGAGGCCGAGGUGCACCGCCUGCUUGCCCUCCGUGCGCCUGUUGUUGCCAGAGUACUGUCAGCGCUGAGUCAGAUGGACGUGGCACGCUUUGAGCGCUUUGUGCCGCACCUCUACCCACACUGCACGCGCCUCAUCUGCUCCGACCAGGUGGAGGUGAGGAAGGCUCUUGGAGACCUCUUCAAGGCCCGCCUCACUCCUCUUAUUCCAGGCUCCGAUGCACCUUCACCUCCCAUGACGGCUUCCGCGUAA